CUAUACAAAGACACCCAUUGAUGAGGCAGAGUCACAGUACUGGAAAACUUUGGCAGAGCGCAACAUCUCUAAUUCAUAUCGUAGCAUUUGACCAAGGGAGUGUACACGUAUCUGUACAAGCAGGCCACAAAGGUAACGAAGGCUGUAACACCAUGAAGUCAUCUCUAGCUUUGAUGGUGUUUAUCCUCCCCUUCAUAUGUGCUCAGGUUCCCCACUGGGGACCUUGUCCUGAACCGGCUGUUCAGCCUGCGUUCAACCUUAAACAGUUCAUGGGGAGAUGGUUUGAAAUUGCCAAACUGCCGGCUCAGUUUGAGAAAGGACGCUGCAUCGAAACCAAUUUCACUUUGAAGACAGACAAGUCCAUUCGAGUGGUCAGCUCUGAAAUACUAAAAGGAGAGCUGAGGAAAAUUGAAGGAACUGGAGUCACUGAGGAUCUGAAGAAUCCCGCCAAACUGGGAAUAAGUUACUCCUACGUCCUGCCCUAUUCCCCUUACUGGAUCCUGGCCACUGACUACGUAAACUCGGCCCUGGUGUAUUCCUGCACAGACGUUCUGAGGCUCUUCCAUGUUGACUUUGCCUGGAUCCUGGGCAGGACACGAACCCUGCCAGACUCCACCAUUGACAGAGCCAAGGAGAUCUUUGCCAACAACAACAUAGAUGUGACCAGGAUGAUUGCCAGCAAGCAGCUAGGCUGUGACAAAACCCUCUGAGGGGAUAAACAGCAGGGGGAUAUGCAUCACAAGAUGGCGCUGUUGUAGAAAGGAGGGGGAAAAAUAGAGGAUGGCGGUUGUUGAAGAUGACUCAGUUAGUUUAAGAUGGUAAAGAGUGUCUGUUCCUUUUAAAAAAAAACAAAAACUGCUGAAACGUUUACAACCAAGUAUUCUAAUGUCUGUACAUUAUAGAAGUAAUCUCAUGUAAUGGCGUUUCAAGUCUAACAUAAUAACAUAUUUUUGUCCACAAAAUGUCAGUCUGCUCAUCUUUUUAAAUGACUGUUAUAAUACAAGCUGAAAGGAAUUAGUCUUCUGUUUGAGAAUGUAUGAUCAUGUUGUAAUCAAUUUAUACUUAAGUGAAUUAUACUGGACAUAAAACAAACUGGAAACACAAAGCAUCAAAUUAUUGGUAAUGAAAGUCAAUGAAACUUAA